UUUUUCAUUACAAAACAUAUUGUCUUCAUCUCAAGUUUCUUCUUCUACUUUCCCUGAAAAACAGGAAUUUUCGCAAAACCCAUCUCGAGAAAAUGCAUGAUUUCUGCUUCACGAUCCCGUACGGGAUGCUUCUAAUCGGCGGUGGGUUCAUCGGAUACAUGAAGAAAGGAAGUAUUACAUCUUUCGCCGGAGGUGCAGGCACUGGUUUACUACUCAUCCUCGCUGGAUAUCUCAGUCUCAAGGCUUUCGAGAAGAAGAAGAAUUCAUCCAUCGCUGUUGUUCUUCAGACAGUAAUCUCAGCUGCCCUCACACUAGUCAUGGGACAGCGUUACUUGCUCACUCAAAAGGUUAUGCCAGCUGGUCUAGUUGCUGGGAUCAGUGCUCUCAUGACCUGUUUUUACGUAUACAAGAUCGCUACUGGUGGCAAUAAAAUCCCAUCAAAAUCUGAAUGAUGGUUGUGCAACUAUGGUUUCUCUUUUUUUCCUUUUCUUGUGGAUUAUAAAUAUCGUAUGUGUUUCUGAGAUUAUUUUGUAUUUGUUGUAGAAAGAACUUCAUAUAGUCAUAUGUGUUUCUGAGAUUAGUUUCUGGUCAUCGUGUUAUUGUUAAUAACAAACUGUUUUUGAGUCACAUUUUAUAAUAUCUGACGUUUUCGUACA